AUGUCUCGCGGGCCGGGCUGCGCGAGAGAGGCGGUGCCAGGGGGCUCGGGCCCAAUCGGUGUUGUGUAUCAGAAGUUCAGCGAAUUCCCCUCAGUAACUUAUGCCAGCGUAGGAGUCGGGUUUGCUGGUGGUGGGGGCACUGAGUGCCUGCCCCUCUACACGGAAGAGUGGCGCCAACCUGAUUUUGGGAGCAGUCGGCAGUUGCAGUUCAGCCGCCAACAUAUCCUGCACCUUGAUGGCAGAGCAGUUGUCUCAGUUACUCCUAUUAGCAUGCCAGUUGAGAUUCGAGACCAACUGCUGGUCCAGGUAUCUCCUACUGGAAGGCACAAGGCUGUUCUCACCCAUCACUUGGAAAGGGGGCAGAAGCAGGAGGUGCUGGAGGUUUGGAACAACAGUGGGAGGGUGAAAAGUGUCAACCUUACAGUGCUGGAUAAACAUGGCAAAGUAUACACAGAUGGGCAGUUUGGGUGUUUGGUCUGGUCCAGCUCAGAAAUGCAGAUCCUGUAUGUUGCAGAGAGAAAACGCCCCAAAGUUCAGCCACUUCUCCUUCAAGACAGGUCCUCCCAAGAAGGAGAGAAGCCAGGUGAAACAACAAAGGGGGAGGAGUUUGUGUAUUAUGACAAUUGGGGAGAGAUGCUGAGCGAUAACAGUGUCCCUGUCUUGUGUGUGCUGGAUGUUGAAACCAGUGAAAUUUCAGUCCCAGGUGGCAUACCAGGACAUGUCUCUCCUGGGCAGGCCCUGUGGUCCCCCAACGACAACGGUAUUUUAUUUGUUGGUUGGUGGCAUGAGCCCUUCAGACUGGGAUUGAAAGCUUGCUCCAACAGAAGGUCAGCCCUAUUUCACUUGGAAGUCUCUGGAAGCAGCUGUGAGCUGCUGUCUUCAGACCGCCAGGCCGUCUCUUCUCCCCGGCUGAGCCCUGAUGGAACCCACCUGCUGUACUUAGAGGGGCCAGUGUUUGGGCCUCAUCACCAGUGCUUCAAGCUGCAGAUGCUCAACUGGCGAACCAAGCUCACGUCCACAGUAGUGGAUGUGGUCAGGACUGCCACAGCGGGUUUCUGGGGGAUUUAUUCAGGGGCACUGCCCCUGCUCUGCUGGGCCACAGACAGCCGCCGAGUCCUGCUGAGUACUCCACAGAGGAGUAGGAAGGAACUGCUGGUGGUGGAUACCAGACUGGGGAGCGUGAAAUGUAUUACAGCAGGCACUCCAGAGGGGAGCUGGACUCUGCUGGGCAUUGAGCAGGAUAUGUUGGUGGUCAGCUGUUCAUCACCCAAUUGCCCUCCAAGCUUGAAGGUGGGUGUGCUUCCCCCUGCAGGGAAUAAGCUGGAACUGCAAUGGAAGAGUGUGGUGGAAACCUCCGCACUACCAGAUUUGGAAUGGAAAAUCCUCACAGUGCAGCCGCCUGUGACUGAGGAAGGCAUCCCAUACACAGACCAAGCGUUUGAAGCACUAUUGCUGAGACCACAACAAGGAAGCCAACAAGGAGGAAAGGGCCUCCCACUUAUUGUUUCUCCGCAUGGUGGCCCUCAUGCAGUCUUUGAGGCCUGUUGGCGUCCAACCAUGGCAUGUCUCUGCCGGCUGGGUUUUGCAGUGCUCAUGGUGAAUUACAGGGGCUCCCUGGGCUUUGGCCAGGCCAGCAUUGACUCUCUGAUCUCUCACGUUGGGGUGCAAGAUGUGGAAGACACUCAGCUGGCAGUGGAGUUGGCGCUGCAGUCAGAGCCCUUGGACCCAAAUAGAAUUGCGUUGCUGGGAGGCUCCCACGGGGGCUUCAUCUGUUGCCAUCUGAUUGGUCGAUACCCACAUAUGUACAAAGCCUGUGCAGUCAGAAGCCCUGUCAUCAACAUGGCCACUCUGCUGGGGACCUCCGACAUCCCUGACUGGCGCUACACAUCUCUGGGUUUGCCAUAUUGCUUUGAGCGAAUUCCCUCUGCGGAGGAUCUGGUGACCAUGCUGCUCCACUCCCCCAUCAUUCAUGCUGCAAAGGUGUAUACACCCUUGCUGCUCUGUGUGGGUGCCAAGGACCGACGGGUGUCUCCGUACCAAGCUAUGGAGUAUUAUCGGGUGCUGCAAGCCAGAGGCAUUCCUGUGAGGUUGCUGUGGUAUCCAGAAGGAAAUCACAUCCUCAAUGGAGUGCAGACUGAAGCAGAUUUCUUUAUGAACUGUGCACAGUGGAUCACACAACAUCUUUCAGAGGAAACAGGCACUGGAAGACAGCAGCCAUUUUGAAAAGCAGAGAUCUAA